GAAGUUUUGCGUGAUUGUCUUUGCUACUUCAGCCCCGUAUGCUAAAGUUACGCGAAAAAAUGGGUACGUUUACAAUUUUUUUUGCAAAGCGGACACAAAUUAAAACGUGACUCAAAAAACGAGCAUAUAUGCAAAUGUCCCAAUACUACCUAAAUAGCGGGCUAAAUUGGACCGGCCUCACCGGCCAAACCCAUUUUGAUGGCUCUAUAUUACCAAACCAUUUGACCCUUCACCCAUCCCUAACGGUCGACGAUCCGGUUGGCUUCGGACCGAUAUAACACGUCACUAAGAAAGACACGUAGACCUUAUCGGGACGAGAGCAGGUAAAAAGUCCAAAAUAACCCUCCCUUUCAUCCUUGCCUAUUUGUUGUACCUCUCGUUCAGUACAAUCACGUACCCUGCGCAUAAUAGCUCGCAGCAGUCAGAGACAGACUGAAACAAAAACUAACAAUAAACCACAGAUGGAAGAAAGAGAGUAAACACACACAUUUGUCCUCUCCCAUUUUUAGCAAACAAAAUCUUUUCCUUUCUUCUCUUCCAUUCUAUUUAUCUUCAUUGCGCCUUUUUCCUAGGGCUUUUUUCUGAUAUUUAUUCCCUAGCAAGUACUUUAUACCAUUCAAUUCCAUUGAAGAAAAGUUACAAAACCUUAAAUUGACUUUUUUUUUUUUUGGGAAAAAUACACCGACAUUGUUCUUAUUAUGUGGCUGUGGCCGUAGAAAGAAAGAGAAAUCACGUGGAGAUUGCUAUUGAAGCAUUGCUGAGACGAACAACAAAAAGCUCGUUUUGGUGAGUGUGUAGGUUCGUUUUCUGCUUGUUCGUUAAACGAAAAUUCAAGAACCGAUGCACAAGGUUCACUAUUCAUGGGUUUUGGCAUGGAAGGAUGAUGAAGUGUCUUCUUUGGUCCAUUCCGUGUGCUUUCUUGCCUUGCAAAAUGUAUCCUCACCAUGAUGCUUCUAGAAAGCAUAGCAAGCUCUCGAACUCAAGGCUUGCAAAUCCACUGCUCCAGCUACUAUGCCCAAGUCCAGGUUUUUUCUACUUCUGGUUUCUUCAACUUUCUACCAUGGGUCUGAAUGGAAAACCUUUACACCUACAUAGUCGAAAUAAAGUUCAACAUCCCUUGGCUGUAUCCAGGCAUGCUUUCGGUGAUCUAUCCAAUGUUUCUCCAGUGGUUUUUCUCUACCUCUUAAAGGAAUGCUAUGUCUAUGGAACCUGCAAGGCGACUGCUAAGUUUCGUGUUCUGCAACAGCAAGUGUUUGAAUCUCUGUGCAAUGAUCCUCGACCCGGAGCAGCCAUCUUUGUUGCUCAGUGCCUGUACGUGUUGCCUAUAUUUGAGUCACACUGUGAUGGAUUCAGUCAUUUGAUAAUAUCUGCUCUUCGUCGUUUCCUGAAAGUGGGAAAUGGCAUGAAAGGUAUAUUGAAAGCUAAACUAUUGGCUGCCAAAUUGUUUCUGGCUAUUGUUGAUGGAACUCUGGUUCAUGAAGAAAGAAUCCUAGUCAAAAUCCUUGAACUUUUUGACGUCAGUCUGUCAAACAUAGAAAAAGCUAUGUUUGAUACAGAUGAGAAGGAUCAAACAUGCCAGGAGAUGGCUAAGGUGUUGGUUGAACAAUAUAUUCUUAGGUUAGUAGAAUCCCAGUCAUACAUGACCGCAGUUUCUUUGUUGGAACACUUUUCUAUCCGGGAGUCUGGGGAAUCGUUUCUGCUUAAAAUGAUGGAAAGCCAACAAUACAGAGCGGCAGAAAAGUGGGCAACUUUUAUGGGGAAGCCAAUCUUGUGUACCCUUGUCCAAGAAUAUGUUGACAGAAAACUGCCAAAGCAUGCUUUUGAUGUUAUAAGGCAACACAAUCUUCGGAAGGAGUUCCCAGAAAUAUAUCAUCAAUACAAAGAGAGCAAACUGAAGAAACUAGCAGAACAGGGUUGCUGGGAUGUUGCAGAGGCGAGAGUGAAGGAUGAUCCUCAACUUCUUGAGUACUUGGUUUAUUUGGCUAUGGAAGCUGGUUACAUGGAGAAGGUUGAGGAACUCUGUGAACGGUAUUCCCUUGAAGGUUUCAUAAAUGCCAAAGCGCUUGAGGCAAAUUUUCCGAAAGACCGAUACUUGCAGCUU